AUGCUUCUACAAGAGCAGCCACUGCUGCUCCGGCCAACGCAGCUACUGCCCCCGGAUCCAAGCGACUCGGCCCGCGUAGCGCAAAGGAGGCCAUACAAGCCGAACGGCCCCACAUGUGAGAAGACAAAGGCGGCGGAAACAGGUGGAAAGCUGCGGCAGUUCCAAGACAUCCAGGAUGCAAGAGACUGGGCAGGGUUGGAACCCGAGGCAUGGGACGCUGUUUGCGACCAAUGCGGUGGCUUCGCAGACCUUUGGCAGGUCGCACAAAUCGCGCCAGAGCAGCUUCGAAAGGCGAUCAUCUCCGCUCGCAUUGCUCGUUUGGACCAGCAGGGCCGCCCGGCGGCCGUGGCAGCACUGCAUGGCGUGGCACCGCUUCCCUCGUCGCGGGCACUCUGUCCAGCAGAAGCUGCCCAAGUGGGGCUGAUCUGGAGGGUGGCAAGGGCUGUAGCCGGUCAUAGCAUUGGCACACCGCUGGAGGAUGACAGUCUGCCUGUAGAGCCGCACCCACGAAUCCAAAUCGAGAAUGCGGAAUGGUACGAGGUCACCUACGACAAGGUCUUCAUCAAGAAAGCCCCCCAGCAAGAUGCUCGUUCCUGGGGCUGGGUCCACCGCGGACAAAAGAUCCAGGUGUCCCCGAGCGCAGUGUCGGAUGUGAAUGGCCGCGGGUGGGUGGAGCUCACCUUCAUGCAGUUGGCCCGAUCCUGUCCUGAGCGACUCUCCAGCGAUGACCCUUUGGGUCGAGGUUUCGCCCUGAUUGAUGGACAACAUCUGGGUCUUGGGCGUUUGCUGUCUGGUCCUUUGCCUAGCAAGGAGUGGCCGUCGGGGCUCGAGGAUGCCCAGAGCACAACGGAGGAGCGGGUGGUCUUGCGCCGCCUGAGUGGAGAGCGGUUGCACUUCCAGUUGAAGCCCGGCGACUUUGUGGCUUCGCUCUGCUUCCGCGCGGCCGAAGCCUUGCAAGCACCUGCAGCGCGCAUCCGCCUCAUCUUGGAUGGAGACGUCCUGAGCCAGGAUUCGCUGGCCGCCCCACUGGCUGGGAAGGAAGUGGACGUAGUGGUGAUCCCACCUUCACCACGAGCCGUCACAGGCUGUGAAGACGGCUCCGUGAAGUUCUGGGACCUCCAGAGCAAAGCCUGCCUUGCCACGCUCACGGGGCAUCGUGGCGCGGUUUGGUCCGUGGAUGCAGACAUCACUUCCAAGUUAGCCUUGUCCGGCUCGGCAGAUGGUUCGCUGAUGCUUUGGGACCUCGAACGGGAGGAGUGCUUGCGCAGCUUUGAAGGCCACGCUGGGGCCGUUUGUGCUGUGGCAGCCGACUUCGGCCGUCGUUGGGCUGCCAGUGGCUCUGACGACGGCACACUCCGGCUUUGGUCGUUCAGUCAGCGCGGCAGCCUGUUGACGCUUCGCUGUCCAAAUAACACUCCCUGGGCUCUGGCAGCCAGUUGCGAGGACAUGGCAGCGGUCAGCGGCCAUGAGGGCGGCUUUGUGCAGGUUUGGGAUCUCUCUGAGGAGGUUUGCGUGCAUUCCUUUGGAUCCUACCACCAGGGCUUGGUUCAGGUGGUCGCUGCAGACUUCGCAAAGGCCUUGGCUGCUAGUGGCUCAGAUGACGGGAUCUUCUGCACCUGGGACUUGGCCAACUUGACCAUUCAGCAUAUGGUGGAGAGCCAGUCUCUGAUGCCGGUUUGGGCAAUAAGCCAGAGCUUCACUUCCACGAAGCGAGCGAUGAGUGGCAGCUUUGAUGGCCAACUCCAUCUCUGGGAUGUGAAGACCGGCGAAUCUCACAGCUGGCGAGGUGCCCCGGCUUGUGCCUUGGCCGUGGACUUUGAGUCCGGCCAUGCUGUGAGCGGCAGCUUCGACGGGCAGGUCUACGUUUGGGAUCUGGCCACGAAAACUGGGACUGCCUGCUCCGAUCCUCACUCCGCUGCCGUGCGCUGCGUUGUGGCCAGCAGCGCUCAAGACAAGGACUCGAUGACACAGCGCAUCGGGAAAGUCGGCAGCGUUUACUGCUUGGGCCGCAAGCUGGGCUCUGGAUCCUUUGGUGAGAUCUACUAUGCAGUGGACUCGCAGACCGGAAAAGAGCUCGCAGUCAAGCUCGAGCGCGUGGAUAGCAAGCACCCGAUGCUCCUUUAUGAGGCAAAACUCCUCAAGCAUUUGGAGGGUGCCCAAGGAUUUGCAUCAGUGUAUUUUUCGGAUACACAAGGCGACUACAACGUGAUGGUGAUGGACCUUCUGGGACCCUCCCUGGAAGAUUUGUUCAAUAUCUGCCGACGGAGGUUCACCCUGAAAACGCUCAUCCUCUUGGCGGAGCAGAUGCUUUACAGGAUAGAAUAUCUCCAUUCGAAAGAUUUCAUUCAUCGCGACAUCAAGCCUGACAACUUCCUCAUCGGCGGGAGCAGGAAGACCCAGCAGAGUCAGAUUCUCUACCUCAUUGACUUUGGCCUUGCCAAAAAAUACAGGGACUCCAAGUGCAAUCACAUCCCGUACCGAGACAACAAGAGCAUGACCGGAACUGCCCGAUAUGCAUCCGUGAAUGCUCACCGUGGAAUCGAACAGAGCCGCAGGGACGACAUCGAAGCAAUUGGAUACGUCUUGAUCUACUUCUGCAAGGGUCAGCUGCCGUGGCAAGGAUUCCAGGCAGCUACCAAGGAGGAGAAGUACAACAAGAUCAUGGAGUGCAAACAGUCCACCUCUGUCGAGUCCCUUUGCAAGGGUUGCCCGAUGAUCUUCGUCACGUACAUGAACUACGCCAAGGCGCUGCGGUUUGAAGACCGACCCGACUACGCCUACCUCCGACGUCUCUUCAAGGAGCUCUUCGCGAAGGAAGGCUACGAGAACGACGGCAUCUACGAUUGGUCCCAGCCGUCAGUGACGGAUUCCGUCACCUCCAGCCAGUUCAACAAACAGGCCGAGGCGCGUGGUGAACCACAGCUUCGUGUCCGUGAAGUAGGCAGCAAGCAGUACCGCAAUGCCGGGGAUGAGCCGGCAGCCGAGGGGUCGCCAAUGCGAUGGCAGGGCUCCGCAAAGGAGACAAGAUCCAGGCAUGCUGACUCCAUGCGGAGCACUGCUCCGGCUGCUGCCACAGAUCGCGUAAAAAGCGCAAGAAGCCAUGGCAUCGAUUCAGAGGCGUGCUGUUCAUUGCUGUCAAUGUGCGAUAUGCAUACUGUCGUUGUGCUAUUGCGCUCUAUCCACGUCAACAGCUUACGAUGGUCGUGGUAA